AUGCCGAACAAACGCGAGGAGAUGCUCGCGGUCUUCAAGGACCUCCUGGGAGUAAACGUAACGCUGCUACGUUUUAUGGGGUUGUUCUUUAUGGACUCCGUGUUUGCUAGGAAAUCAAAAAAGCCUGGAGUCCGCGAGGUAGCCACCAUCGGUACCGUUUUCGUGCUGAUAAUUCUUUUGCUGAUCUUUGAGUUUCGCACCGUCCAGCUGAAUUGGAAGAAAGAUACCAUCUUGGCUCUUAAUAUGGGUCUAUGGCUUUUAGAAAAAUCGGAAGAUAUUAUGUACUUGUUAAGAAGACUUGCUGCAAUGUGGGACGCAUCCAUCGAGAGGAGAAGAAACGAGAACGAAAUAUUAAGAAUGAUAAGGAUUGUAACUGCUCAUCGCAACGGAUACAUAUUGGUGAUCAUGGGUGGAGUUGUUAGCUACUUCAUUCUCCCACUUACAUACAUACUACAUCAAGUGUGGUUUACAAAGAAUGAGUACAAUUCCUACAAUUACAGCAAGACCAUUUUUCCCAUACUCUACCCAUUUCCACUGAACAAUGCAUUCUCAUACUUUGUUUGCGUGCACAUCGAACAGAUCGUAGUACUUUACAUUGCCAGUUUCUGGACUUGCUGCGACUCCACGUACGCUCAGGUGGUCACCCACGUCACUGUUCAUUUCGAG